AUUUUCUUUCACUUAUUUUUCUCUAUUUAAAGAUGUGGAAAAUGUUUUAGUCUUUGAUUAAAGAUAAUUUGUUCUUGGAACCCUCUGUCUGUGGACGCAAGACAAGAAUCAAUACUACAUUGGAAUUGGAGGUCUAAAGUUUCUGUGUUCACAUACACAUUCUUCUAUGUACCUGUGAAGCUUAGGACACACAAGAAACUUCAGUAACAUCUCUUAGUGAUGUCUGAAGAUAUUGGCUACAACAAAGAAACUCCUUGUGAUUUUCCAAGAAACCCUCUUUGCAUCUUCCUAAGUGAUUUCAAAUCAGUUUUGAAAUUUGAUGAGCUCGGUUUGGAGAUAGCACGAAUAGCUUUACCUGCUGCACUUGCUUUAACAGCUGAUCCUAUUGCAUCUCUUGUGGACACAGCCUUCAUAGGCCAAAUAGGUCCUGUAGAGCUUGCUGCAGUUGGAGUAUCAAUUGCUUUGUUCAACCAAGUUUCAAGAAUCGCUAUCUUUCCACUCGUUAGCAUCACAACUUCCUUUGUAGCAGAGGAAGAUGCUUGUAGUUCUCAGGAAACCACAGUCCAAGAUCAUAAAGAAUGUAUUGAAACUGGUAUUAACAACGCAAAGGAGGAAACUCAAGAACUUAUUCCUGAAAACAAUACAGAUUCUAUAUCAAAUGAAUCUAAAAUCAGUAGCAGUAUCUUUAGUGUUAGUGAAUCUCCAGUCAAGAAAAGAAACAUACCAUCAGCUUCAUCUGCUUUAAUCAUUGGAGCCAUUCUUGGCCUUCUUCAAGCUGCGUUUCUUAUAUCCACAGCCAGACCUCUCUUGAGUUUCAUGGGAAUUAAACAUGAUUCUCCAAUGUUGGGACCUGCUCAGAGAUAUCUAUCUCUAAGAUCACUUGGUGCACCUGCUGUUCUUCUCUCACUUGCUACACAAGGUGUUUUCCGUGGAUUUAAAGACACAACAACUCCAUUAUAUGCAACUGUGAUUGGAGAUGCCACAAAUAUAAUACUGGAUCCCAUCUUCAUAUUCGUUUUUCGUCUAGGUGUUACAGGAGCAGCCACUGCUCAUGUCCUAUCCCAAUACCUUAUGUGUGGAAUACUCUUAUGGAAACUGAUGGGUCAAGUCGAUAUCUUUAACCUAAGUACCAAACAUCUUCAGUUCUCUAGAUUCAUGAAAAAUGGGUUUCUUUUACUGAUGAGAGUUAUAGCCGUGACAUUCUGUGUAACGCUUUCCGCAUCACUAGCUGCACGAGAAGGAUCCAUUUCCAUGGCAGCUUUCCAAGUUUGCUUGCAGGUUUGGUUAGCAACUUCACUUCUUGCAGAUGGGUUUGCUGUAGCUGGCCAGGCAAUACUAGCGAGUGCGUUUGCUAAAAAGGACUACAAAAGAGCUGCAGCUACCGCCUCCCGUGUCCUGCAGUUGGGACUGGUUCUCGGGUUUCUACUUGCGGUUAUACUUGGCGCAGGAUUGCAUUUUGGAGCAAGACUAUUCACAAAAGAUGAUAAAGUCUUGCACCUCAUUAGCAUAGGACUUCCGUUUGUGGCAGGGACACAACCAAUCAAUGCCUUAGCAUUUGUAUUCGAUGGAGUUAACUUUGGAGCAUCUGAUUUUGGUUAUGCCGCAGCUUCAUUAGUUAUGGUGGCUAUAGUUAGCAUCCUGUGUUUGAUACUACUCUCGUCGACUCAUGGGUUUAUUGGACUUUGGUUUGGUCUCACCAUUUACAUGAGUCUUAGAGCAGCCGUUGGAUUCUGGCGGAUUGGGACAGCAACAGGACCUUGGUCUUUUCUCAGGAGGUAAAAGAAGGACAAUUAAAGGGGAGGGCAUGUUUUAAGUUGUUCUUUAAAUUAAUGAGCUUGUGAUUGAAUAAAACACAAAAGAAUAUGUAUUUAGAGAUGCAAAUAAUUAUAUGUGGUUUAGUAAUAUUCUAGAGAAUAUUAAAGAGG